CUGGGGGUGCCCAGGCUUGUCCCCGGGGUGUGUCCCUGUCUGGUGGAGGAGGAUGCUGGCGGCGGUGCUGAGGAAGAGCCGCGUCCUGAGCACCGGAGCCAGGUGCUGUGAGUGCGGGGCCUCCCUGUCCCACCAGUACUACGAGAAGGAUGGGCGCCUGUACUGCAAGAAGGAUUACUGGGCACGCUUUGGGGAGCUGUGCCAUGGCUGCUCCGAGCAGAUCACCAAGGGGCUGGUCAUGGUGGCCGGGGAGCAGAAGUACCACCCCGAGUGCUUCAGCUGCCUCAACUGCCGCGCCUUCAUCGGGGACGGGGACACCUACGCGCUGGUGGAGCGCUCCAAGCUCUACUGCGGCCACUGCUACUACCAGAUGGUGGUGACCCCGGUGAUCGAGCAGAUCCUGCCCGACUCGCCGGCCUCCCGCAUCCCUCACACCGUCACCCUCGUGUCCAUCCCCGCCUGCUCCGACGGCAAGCGCGGCUUCUCCGUCUCCAUCGACCAGGGCUGCGGCAGCGAGCAUCCCCGCACCGUGCGCGUCCGAGAGGUGGACCCGGACUGCAUCAGCCCUGACAUGAAGAACUCCAUCCACGUUGGUGACCGCAUCCUGGAGAUCAACGGGACCCCCAUCGGCCACGUCCCCCUGGACGAGAUCGACCUGCUGAUCCAGGAGACGAGCCGCCUGCUGCAGCUGACCAUCGAGCAUGACCCCCACGAGCCCCUGGGCCGGGAGCCAGGGCUGGGGGGCAGCCCCCUGCCCGCCCCGUGCAGCCCCCUGCGCUCGCCAGCUCCCGUGCCCUGCGGGGACCCCGCUGCCAUGCGCCAGCGGGCUGUCACGAGGAGCUGCAGCACGGACAAGUCCCCGGGCUCGGGCUCCGUGGGCUCCCCCGCGUCCCAGCGCAAGGACAUCGGGCGCUCCGAGUCCCUGCGCGUCGUGUCCCGCGCCCACCGCAUCUUCCGCCCCUCCGACCUCAUCCACGGGGAGGUGCUGGGCAAGGGCUGCUUCGGCCAGGCCAUCAAGGUGACGCAUCGGGAGACGGGCGAGGUGAUGGUGAUGAAGGAGCUGAUCCGCUUCGACGAGGAGACUCAGAGGACCUUCCUCAAAGAGGUGAAGGUGAUGCGCUGCCUGGAGCACCCCAAUGUGCUCAAGUUCAUCGGGGUGCUCUACAAGGAGAAGAGGCUCAACUUCAUCACAGAGUACAUCAAAGGGGGCACCUUGAGGAGCCUCAUCAAGAGCAUGGACAGCCACUACCCCUGGAGCCAGCGGGUCAGCUUCGCCAAGGACAUCGCUGCUGGCAUGGCCUACCUCCACUCCAUGAACAUCAUCCACCGUGACCUCAACUCUCACAACUGCCUCGUGCGGGAGAACAAGAGUGUGGUGGUGGCUGACUUUGGGCUGGCUCGGCUGAUGGUGGAUGAGAAGAACCCGCCCGAACAUCUCAAGAACCUGAAGAAACCGGACCGCAAGAAACGCUACACGGUGGUGGGGAACCCCUACUGGAUGGCCCCCGAGAUGAUCAAUGGGAGGAGCUACGAUGAGAAGGUGGACAUCUUCUCCUUCGGCAUCGUCCUGUGCGAGAUCAUUGGCCGGGUGAGCGCUGACCCCGAUUACCUGCCCCGCACCACCGACUUCGGCCUCAACGUCCGGGGCUUCCUGGAGCGCUACUGCCCCCCCGCCUGCCCCCCCAGCUUCUUCCCCAUCGCCGUCUGCUGCUGCGACCUGGACGCCGAGAAGCGGCCGUCCUUCGCCAAGCUGGAGCAGUGGCUGGAGACGCUGCGCAUGCAUCUGGAGAUCCACCUGCCGCUGAGCUCGCAGCUGGAGCAGCUGGACCGAGCCUUCGGGGAGGCGCACCGGCGGGAGGGGGGCCCGCCCGCGCCCCCGCGGUAGAGCCCCCGCCCGCGGCCCCCGGCACUCACGGGAGAAGGAGCUGUGCCCGCCGCCAGCCAGCCCGGGGCUGGACCCCCGGGCCCCCACCCUGCUGCCCACCCCGGGGAGCCGGCUCUCCCCGGGGCCGCAUGGCCCUGGGCACCCCCACGCUGUAGCUCUGAGCGCCGGGACCGGCCCGGGCACCGCGGGGAGCGUCCCCGUGGCCGCAGCCCGAAGGCUCAGCUCCCCUUUGCACAGCGGGGCUGCCCGGACAGAGCCGCGGUGCCUUGGCUUUCGGGGAACUUGCACUGCGCACGGGAGGGACCCCGCGGCCCCCACGGCACCCUCGUAGCGACACCCCCGCCCUCGGCCGGCCCCUGAGGCUGCUCCUGCCCGCACCCCCGGCCGAGCGGGGGGUCCUGGGGGACGCCCCCGAGGUGCGGGGACGGGCACGGGGUCCCUGCUGCCCCCACGCCUCUGCUGCCCGUGCCGAGCCCCGACUAUGCAGCCCUGGGAUGGCUCCAGAGGGACGUGGGGCUGUGGCUCAUCCCGGUCCCCCUGCCCCGGGGGGCCCAGGGGGUGGCGCCACGCGGUGCUUUUCAUGCUCUUUAUUCAGGUUCAUUUUUCUGUAAGAUAUUUAAAGAGAAGAGUUUGUAUUAUUUUUUCAUACAACGUAGCGUUUGCCAUUUGUCACUGCCUCGGUUCUGCUUUCCCAAAGGGAUCAAACUGUGAAGUCUCUCCGUGCACUUUUGCCCGGGAAGUCCAAGGCAACGUCCUCUGCGGAGGCGGGAAGGGAGCUCAAACUGUGAUGUACCCCGAGCCGUGAGUCAAUAAAUCCUUCCCCGCUCGCUGCCCA